CCUAACAACGGGACUGGUAUAUAAAACAGGGAGAAGAGAACGGCGCCACACAUUCGAAAUCUCACAGCGACCUAUCACUGUCCGAGUGAGCAAUCGUUAAGUCGUCAACGAACCGUCACAACCUAUACCAGUAACCAUGAGGGAAUGUAUCUCCGUCCACGUCGGCCAGGCUGGGGUCCAGAUGGGCAAUGCAUGCUGGGAGCUGUACUGUCUUGAGCACGGCAUCCAGCCCGAUGGUCAGAUGCCCUCAGACAAGACCAUCGGAGGUGGGGACGACUCCUUCAACACCUUCUUCAGCGAGACUGGUGCAGGGAAACACGUCCCCCGUGCCGUUUUCGUCGACCUCGAGCCCACUGUUGUUGAUGAGGUCCGUACCGGCACCUACCGCCAGUUGUUCCACCCCGAGCAGCUGAUCACCGGCAAGGAGGACGCCGCCAACAACUACGCCCGCGGUCACUACACCAUCGGCAAGGAGAUCGUCGACCUCGUCCUUGAUCGCGUAAGGAAGUUGGCUGACCAGUGCACUGGACUCCAGGGCUUCCUCAUCUUCCACAGUUUCGGUGGCGGAACUGGCUCCGGCUUCACCUCUCUGUUGAUGGAGAGACUGUCUGUGGACUACGGCAAGAAGUCCAAGCUAGAGUUUUCUAUCUACCCCGCCCCCCAGAUCUCAACCGCCGUGGUGGAACCUUACAACUCCAUCCUGACUACCCACACCACACUGGAGCACUCCGACUGCGCCUUCAUGGUCGACAACGAGGCGAUCUACGACAUCUGUCGCCGUAACCUCGACAUUGAGCGUCCCACCUAUACCAACCUGAACCGUCUGAUUGGCCAGAUUGUCAGCUCCAUCACUGCAUCCCUCCGAUUUGACGGAGCCCUGAACGUAGAUCUGACAGAGUUCCAGACCAACUUGGUCCCCUACCCACGUAUCCACUUCCCUCUGGCCACCUAUGCCCCUGUCAUAUCAGCCGAGAAGGCCUACCAUGAGCAGCUGUCUGUAUCUGAGAUCACCAACGCUACGUUCGAACCCGCCAACCAGAUGGUCAAGUGUGACCCCCGUCACGGCAAGUACAUGGCCUGCUGCAUGUUGUACCGUGGUGAUGUUGUCCCCAAGGACGUCAACGCUGCCAUCGCCACCAUCAAGACCAAGAGGACCAUUCAGUUCGUCGACUGGUGCCCCACUGGUUUCAAGGUCGGCAUCAACUACCAGCCUCCUACAGUUGUUCCCGGUGGUGACCUGGCCAAGGUCCAGAGAGCCGUCUGCAUGUUGAGCAACACCACUGCCAUUGCCGAGGCAUGGGCUCGUCUUGACCACAAGUUCGAUCUGAUGUACGCCAAGCGUGCCUUCGUCCACUGGUACGUGGGUGAGGGUAUGGAGGAGGGAGAGUUUUCCGAGGCCCGUGAGGACUUGGCUGCCCUGGAGAAGGACUACGAGGAGGUUGGAGUCGACUCUGUUGAGGGCGAGGGAGAAGAGGAGGGCGAGGAAUACUAAACGUCACCUUCCCUUCAACAUAAACCCAACCUGAUGCUCUGUUACUAUGUAUAUCUCUGAAUAAUAGAAGGCACGAGUAAGGUCUCUCUGUCUGUGUGCAUUCAUAUAUCACCCUUCUGUUAUUGACGAGGUACCUGCUAUUUAAAAAGAGUCACUGCAGAUUUAUUUCUUUAAUUGGGGCGUUGGGGUAGCCUAGUUGUUAAAGCACUCGCUCGUCGCGCCGAAGACCCGGGUUCGAUUCCCCACAUGGGUACUGUGUGUGAAGCCUAUUUUCCGGUGUCCCACGCCGUGAUAUUGCUGGAAUAUUGCUAAAAGCGGAGUAAAACCAUACUCACACACUCACUCACUUUGUUUAAUGGUUGUGGUUUAACGCCGCAGUCAGAAAUAUUUCAGGCCAUAUCACAGCGGCAAGCCAGUGUUUGAAACACUAUCAAAUUUCAACACAGCCGGACACGAUGACACUCACAUCGCCAGGUCACACAGCCCGUAUACCCGAACAUAAUUAGUCGGCUCUUAGGACGGGAUGUCUAUUCUGACCAAUAUUCCUUACAGGGUAGAUGCAUCUUUUAUUGAAGCGAAUGAUCAUCAGUUUUAUUAGUUAGAUAUGUAGUUCGAACUCCUGACCGCUUCAUACCAAAAUACUUAAAAGAUGGUAUUUAAUGUUACCCUGCCUGGUGUUCGGCAUUAAGGGGAUAGUAUGACGACUGGUCGGCUCGGAGCAUAAUGUGUCUAUGUAUCUGAGUAGGCUAGCGCUAUGAAAUCCGUGGCGCACAACAAGCAAGUGCUCACACUGUUUACCUCCAAUCUUCUUUUUUUAGAAAGUCAAUUAACACCUUUGCCGCGGGGAGAUGCCAACGGACUGGUUGGGUCACGAUUUGUCGUACGGUUUAAUUUCCUUUGGUUAAAAAUAAAAUAUGCGUUCAAUUGU